AUGAGUCUAAUUGAUACCCACCACCACUUUGUACCCGACUUCUAUGCGCAAGAUACUGAAGAAGCACUCACAGCUGUUGAGGAAGCCGGGGGUGACCCCUCUGGCUGGCCAACACCUCCCUGGUCGCCUGAGGGCUCUAUUGCAUCUAUGGAAAGAAAUGGCACUACCAAGGCAAUUUUGUCGUUGACUGCCCCUGGAGCAGUCAUCGCCCCUACCGAUGAAAAGAGAAGGGCAUUGGCCCGUAAGGCAAACGAAUACGCUGCCUCUAAGCGUGACGAAGACCCGAAGAGAUGGGGUUUCUUUGCAGCCUUACCGAGCCUUCUUGAUACCGAGGGCACCUUGGCAGAAAUCAGAUACGCUCUUGAUGUGCUGAAAGCCGAAGGUGUCACUUUUUUCACCAGAUAUGGCCCUGAAAACAAAUAUCUAGGUCAUGCAGAAUUCAAGCCUAUCUGGGAGGAGUUGAACUCCAGAAGGGCUGUAAUCUUUAUCCACCCCACCCAUCCCGCCGAUACGACUCGGGUCAACCCCUUCCUUCCACAACCGGUUAUCGAUUACCCUCAUGAGACAACGAGGACGGCCGUCGAUCUGAUUAUCACCAAUACAAUGAGGAGUUACCCGUAUUGCAAGGUUAUCCUCUCCCACGCCGGAGGCACUCUCCCAUUUUUGAUCACCCGCAUUACCACUGUGUCCCGGGAAGCAGCCGCCACGGCUCGAGUUAAUGGGAAGACCUCCGAGGAAAUUCUAGAGGACUUUCGGUCGUUCUACUUCGAUCUGGCACUUUCUAGCUCGAAGGCUGUGCUCAACCUAGUUCUAGAUAUCAUUCCCCAUGACCACCUUCUUUACGGCAAGCUGCUCCACAUGCUCCAUUUUGUCUAUUCUUGUCACUAA